AUGACUAUCAAGGGCUUUUACCUCGUUGGGCAGGACAAGAAUGUCUUUCGUCAGGAUAUUCACAUUGAUCAGUAUCAUGACUUUGAGGCGCUGCAGGUUGCUGUAGCGGAGCAGUACAAUAUUAUUCAAUCGACUGGUAUCGGGCUGCAAGAUGCCAAGGGACAGGACCUCCACGAUUUGGACGAUGUAUUGGAUUGCGACGAAGAUAUAGGCAUUACGGUCGACGGACAGGCCAUUCGCGACCCUUCAGGCCCAGAGGGCCUUCCUUUCGUGGGCAGCUACUACGAGGUCUUUCCCGAUCAUCUCGGAAAUCAUGCGCGUCUUUUCCAGAAGUACGGAUCUUUGAUCAAGUACGAGACGAUGGGCAAGCAGAAUUACUUGACCAAUGACCCUGCUAUUGCGACCGUGGCUUUCCAGGAGUCGGCGUUCUUCAGCAAACACAUCACUCCCGAGCAUCCUUUGGCGGGUAUCAAGGACAACAGGGCGUUGUUCAUUUGCGAUACCGACACCGAUGCGUGGAGGCAAGCGCAUAAGUUCAUCCCGCCUUCCAUGGCACCCAAGGCUAUCAGACACUACACACCUCUGAUGGAAGCUUCGGUGAAGGACUCGUUCAAAGUCUUUGACCAGCUCGAUGAGCAGGGCGAAGCCUGGAACGUUUACCAGUACAUGCUGAAGCUCGCAUCUCAGACCGUCUUCAAGUUUGCGCUCGGAUACGACGCCCACCACUUCGACAACCCAGAUGCGCCUCUGAGCGAGCUAGUCAUCUUGAUCGCCCAAUCACUCUCCCUGAACAAAAAGGUCGCGUCAAGAGGUGCCUGGUACGCAAAGCUCAGCGCCAUCCCCUUCACAGCAGCCUACGACCUGGACAAGAUCCGCUACAGACUCUGGACCAUCCUCAACCAAGCAAUCGACCAAGCACCAAAGGGAAGCAACGAAGACGACCUACCCCUGCAAUCCGCAGCCCUAGGAGCAAGCUGCGUAGUCGACUACCUCAAGCGCGCCACCGACGACAACGGCAACAAACUCCCCCGCGAACUCGUCAUCCCAAACAUGCUCCCCAUCUCCGGCGCGGGCUUCACAACCACCUCCUCCCUCCUCUCCUGGCUCCUCUACUCCCUCUGCGUCUACGAAGGCAACCAAGAGCGGCUCCUCCAGGAACUCGUCGACGCCGGCGUAAACGAGAACACAAAGUGGACACCUGAACUCUCCGACGGCCUCACUUUCCUCGACAAGUUCGUCAAGGAGACUCAGCGCUUGCAUAACCCUUCUUUCCAACCCGGUCGCACCGCUAAGGUCGAUUGUAUCGUACCAGGUGGCUACAAACUGCCCGCCGGCUCCGUCGUCAUCUGCGCCCUGCACGCCAUCCACAACAACCCGUCCAUCUGGUCUAACCCCGAUCGUUUCGACCCCGACCGCUGGGGCACCGAGGAGGUUUCCAACCGCCCUAAGAACUCGUACAUGCCUUUUGCAACUGGCCCGCGUAGUUGUAUUGGCUUCAACUUUGCGCUUGGGGAGGUUAAAGUGUUGCUUCCGGAGUUGGUCUACAGGUAUGAGUUUAGUAAGGAGGGAGAGGAGGCGGUGACGUAUGACCCUGAGUUUCAGCUUAUUCGGCCCAUGAACUUUUAUGUUAGGGCGAGGAGGAGGACGAGUUGGCCCGAGCCGACGAAGGGGGCGAAGAAGAUUGCUGUGGAGUAUCAGGAGGGGGAGGAGAAGCCGCCGAUUUAG